CGGAGUGUUGAGCGCUGUAAGCAUGCCGGCCAUGUUCAGCUCUCUCUGUCUGUUUGUUUAAGAGCUCAGGAUGGUUGGAGUCCGGGUCUCUCCUGGAGGUUAACAGAGAGCCGGUGCUUCCUGCUGAAGGCCUCUUCAGAGAGGGUAAGAGAGUCCUUCAGCAUUUGCAGCACGUGUUGGUUUGGGUCAAAGCCUAAUGUCUGCCUUUAGGUUUGAAGCCUACUGCAAGAAUGGAAGAUGUUGCAUUUAAGUAUGAACUGUUAGUUUGAAUUUUUAAGCAUUAACUACAACUUUCAUAAUAAAUGAGCAACAUUACUUAGAAAAUAUACAAACAUAAAUAGAUUUAGGCAAAACAAUGUCAGAAAAAUAAAUAAAUUGACCACUAAGAAUGUAAUGUAUCUGGCGGCGUGGAGAGAUGAUAAUGAUGAUGACCAACGCUUUGCAUAACGAUAGUCUUUGUCUGGAUAUUUACAUUGGCUACUGCAGCUGGCUGGGCCAUCUACUGGUGCAAAACAAACAAGGAAAAAAAGGAACAAUAACAAUAUCUAGGUUACAUUACCGCUAAAGAGGUCUUUUAGUGUUAAACAACAAAACAGCAAGGCCCAUUUUGGAGGUUUUUAAAUAAACUGAGGUCUGCUUAAGAAGAGGAUUUGAAUAGUAACAUAAAGUUGUGUGUCUUUUGGAGUUUGACCAAAACAAGAUUGCAUGACCAAGGCUUAAUUAUAUAAUCCUGACCUAAAAACAAAAAAGCACGAGUAUGUUUUAGGUAAAAUACAUAAUUCCUUUUCAAACCAUUGCGAGGUAGGAGUGUUUAGUACCUGUACUUAGAUAAUUACAUUGCAUAAAUAUUAUGCAUACACAGUAUAUGCACGCAAAAUUGACAGAGAGAAGGAACACGUUCCAUCACAUAAUAAAGAGUACUUUCUGAACGUCAAUAGAUAGAAUCCAUAGGUUCAAUAGAUCCUUAUGAGCGCAGGUAUGUGAGGAGCAAGUGAUGCGUUCAGGUGGAGGUGUGGCCCCUCAGCAGCACUCAGCCAACGACUGAGUCUUCAGGUUACCAGAGGAGGCUCGCACUCGCAACAAAAACCCUGGCCGAGGAACAUUGAGUCACCUCGACUCCUCUCACACACACACACACACACACAAACUCCCAAACACACACACACUCACACGCAGACCUACUCAAGGAAUAAUCCGUCCGUCGCUUGGGAAAGACGACCGACUCGGGCUGAUUUCUUAUCUCGUGCUCGAGGACAGGCGUCGAGGACCCUCCAUGACCAUGCCCAUGGUGGUGAAGCUCGAGAAGGAGUCUCCCAGGGAGAUCUCCCAGCCCCCGGACGGCGGCGCCGACCAGGGCGAGGACCAGCCCAGGGGGGGCCGGCGGAGGAAGAGGCCCCUGCAGCGCGGGAAGCCCCCCUACAGCUACAUCGCCCUCAUCUCCAUGGCGAUCGCCAACUCGCCCGACCGGAAGCUCACUUUAGGCGGCAUCUACAAGUUCAUCACGGAGCGCUUCCCGUUCUACAAGGACAACUCCAAGAAGUGGCAGAACUCCAUCCGCCACAACCUGACGCUCAACGACUGCUUCAUCAAGAUCCCGCGGGAGCCCGGCCGGCCUGGCAAGGGCAACUACUGGGCGCUGGACCCCAACGCCGAGGACAUGUUCGAGAGCGGCAGCUUCCUGCGCCGCCGCAAGAGGUUCAAGCGCUGCGACUUCACCACCUACUCGCCGUACGUCCACGAGACGGCGUCCGUCUUCCCGCCGGUGCAGAUCGCCCGCUCGGCCGCGUACGGGAACGGCCUCUACCCCAACAUGGCAGUCAGCCCCACCUACGGCCAGCAACUGCCCUCCGCCUACUACCCCUCCCCGUCGCCCCCCGGGUUCGGCCCGGCUCAGGCCCGCAUGUUCAGCAUCAACACCCUGAUCGGACCGGAGGUCAUGCAGCAGCAGCAGCAGCAGCAGCAGCAGCAGCAACAGCAGCAGGCUGUCCGGGGCGGGUACAGCCCCGAGGGGCCCCAGAACUUGACGUCGGGCCCCUGCGGCACCGGGAUGCCCGGCUUCCAGGGCCAAACCUGCGGAGGGGUUGCGCCGUCAUCCCGGGGGUCCGCCCACGUAGGGUUCCCCUACUCCGGGCCGCACGGCCCCCCCAGCCACCACCACCACCACCACCACCCCCACGGGGCCCAGAGCUCGUACGGACAGGGGCACGGACAGGGGUACGGGAUGGUGGGGCGGUCGAUGGACUCGAUGGAUCAUUACGGCAGGGUGUCCCCGGUACACCUGGGCUCCUUCUCCCAGUACAACGGGGCCCAGGGACCCAUGGCUAACACCGGGGGCUACCUAAGACACACGUACCCGGGGAACAUGGAAAGGUUUGUGUCGGCUAUUUGAGACUUUGGGCCCCCAAACAAUGGGAAAGACUUUAAUGGAGAUAGAUGUUAUUAUCAAGGACUUAAAACCUUAGAAAAAAAAGAAUGUGACAUUUCGGGACUGUAACUGUAGUUGUGUUUUGUUAUUUUGUGUCUUCAGACCAAGUUGAUAAAUAGAAAAAAUAAUGACACGUUAAAAUAGGCCUAUUUUUUACGAUAUUUGUAUGAGAGCCACUUUAAAAUUGGCCUUCAGAGGGACUAGGAGGAAUUAAAGCACUGUCGAAGGAGAGGUCCAAUAGGCCUUUAGUUGAGUGGAAUUCGAUUUUUAAUAGUUUUAUUGAAGUGAAAUAUGGUAGUAUAAAUUAUGCUUACCACUUUUCAAUAAAAAGUUGCUUUGACCAAGGUUAGCGAUAGCCCUACGUGUGCAUGUAUUUGGUCGGCAGAUUGCUGUAUAUAAAUGCGGAAUUAAACUAUUUUUGCUUCGAA